AUGGAGCUCAAAGCGAACAAAAACAGAAGUGAAAGUGAACGCUCACCAGUAAGGGGACACUGUAUUGACCUCAGAGAUGGGGAAGAGAGUGAGGAGGAAAGAGUGAAACAACAAAAACUCAUAUGUGGAGCUUUUGAUGGAGACAUAUGGGACAACAAUGAUGGACCCGCGUACCACACCCGAGCCAGGGCCCAGUCCAGAGAAGGACACAAAGGGGGGCAGUACCCGUUGAGGGAGACCCCAGGGGGGGCCUCAGUUUACAAGCCAUGGGCCCACAGAGACAUACAGACCCUGGUGGACAGUCUCCCCCAACCUGAAGAAUCUGGACACAGAUGGGUGAAGUCUUUUGAGAGUCUCACCGCAGCGGAUGAACUCACCAUAGGUGAUAUGGUUACUGUAAUGAACAGGUGUAUGGGUGACCAGGAAUGCAAAGAGAUAAUGACCUCUGGGGGACUGAGAGGGCAAGUGGGGUCGGCUACUAGAUUUGACCCCCACCGCAGUGACGUAUGGGACGCCAUAAGGAGGAAGUAUCCUACCCAGGCCAGACCCGAACUGAUGAGAACUCUGACAUUGAAUGACGAUGAAACCAUACCAGCAUACAUGAAUAGGGCAAAGUGCCUCUGGAGGCAAGCGUGGAAUGAAGAACCAGGAAAAGACACCAUGAAGCACCUCUUCCUGACGAACUGCCUGGGGGGACUCCCGGCAAGCUGAAUGUGAAAAAGUUGUGGCAAUCACCGCAAAAUCGAUUCCGGAAUUUACCGAGAUAGCACAACACCAUGUGGAACGAUGGAGAGAGGGUAAGCGAAAGGAAGAGGAUGAACUCAAACAACAUCAGAAGAAGGUUCUGAAGAAGCAACUGACAGAGGACAAGCCAGGAAAACAAAUGGUGGUAACCAGUACCCCAACAUCUAAUCCUACCACUCCUGCACCUGGAAAUGAUACUACUGCUGCAGUUACUACUGUAAUACAGGCAAUGACGGGAAUGAUGGCACCUUCUGGUCCUCCUGGAUAUGGUGCACCCGCAUACCAGCAACCCUAUGUACCGCCACGACAACAGGGAUACACCCCUAGAUAUGCUGACCAAGGGUGUUUUAACUGUGGGAUGCAUGGCCACCUGGCAAGACACUGUUAUCUCCCAAGAAAGGGACAACAAAGAGGGAGGGGUUACAUGGGACAGCCCAGAAGACAAGCACCGAGAUACCAGCAAGGAUGGGGAAGCUGACAAGGAGGAGGAAUGCCAGUCCAGCAGCACCAACCACCACAACAGCAGAACCGAAAACAAGACCCAGCAGUGCCUAACGCUGCCCUCCUGCCCAGCAUGUCAUGGCUGGGUGACGAACACAAUUACUAAUGAAGCUGCCCAGAAACCCAUAAGGAUCCCACCACCAACAUUUACACUUUCCCACCAGGUUCAGAGCCGGUAGUGACAUGUUUGAUUGGAGGAAGACAACAUAAUAUGCUGAUUGAUACAGGAUGUACAUGGUCUUCUGUACAAGCAACAUAUCAACUCACUACCAAAACACAAGCUUUCUCUGGGGUUUCUGGGGCUAUUAUGAGAAAGCCAUACACAGUUCCAUUGGAGGUUGUAUGGGAUGACCUACAGGUUACCCAUCAGUUUCUAUACAACCCGGAAUGCUCGGUGGGGCUCAUGGGGAGGGACCUGCUUUCCAAACUGGGAUGUAGUAUCUAUUGUAACCAGGAGGGCCUACACGCAUCCAUCACGCCCAUUGAUGAACUCAUGCCAGUAAUCAUGGAAAAACUCUCCGACCCCCCUCGCAUUCUAUAUGUGGGAACACACCUAAACGAGGAAGAUGAGGAGGAAGCAUAUGUUUACUGGCUGAAGCUCAUGGAUACUGACCCUGAUGCUCCCCAAGUAUGCAGAGAGUUCCAACUAUGGAAGGCCUGGAUACAGACCUUAAAUGCAUACUAUCCACCUGAGGACCCUCCGCACAUGACAAUGAACUAUACAAGGGACUUGGAUGAAGCAUAUGAUGAAGCCUGGGAGGAGGAAAUGGACGAUAGGCGCCCGAUUGUGACCAGCAAUCAUAUGUACAUACUCAAAGAAGGGGUGGCUACCAGCUGCAUGGUCAUGGAUGGAGACGUGGUGCUAACAGACAAAUGGUUUGCUCUUCCUAGUGAUUCUGUGCCGCAUGUUACCCUUCUCGUGGGAUUUGGAUACGAGGCAAGAUCUCUGGGACCUGCAGUAAAGGCAGCAAGUUGCCUACGGUGGAAUAAAACCUCUUGUUACAACGUGGAAAGCGCAUUCCUUGAUGGAAAUCAAGUAUGGAGAAUUAAACUCAAUGUGGAUGAUGUGUCAAAACCAGAGGUUGUGAGAAGAUCACGUUACCAUGGCAGGGAGAUGACUGAUCAUCCGGAUACUCCUAACAUUUUCAAUCAACUACCAGAGGAACUGUGGACAACAAGUGCUGAAGAUGUGGGGCUGGUUGAUGUAGAACCAGUGGUUGUCUCCAUUCGAAAGGAAAGUGAACUCACUGUCCCAGUUCACAAAUCUCAAUACCCUCUCAGUGAAGAGAAGACGAGGGGAAUUGAGCCUACGAUAUCAGGACUCCAAAAAGGACAGGUUAUAUAUCCAACCUGUUCUGCGUGGAAUACACCCAUCCUUCCAGUGAAGAAAGGUGACACUGGGAAAUGGAGGAUGGUGCAGGACUUCAGACCAAUCAACGAAGUAACUGUACCAGAUGUUCGACCUGUACCAGACCCAUAUCUGGCCUUACAUAAAAUUUCACCCACCCAAGAUUGGUUUACAGUUGUGGAUCUCGCCAAUGCAUUUUUCUGCAUCCCAUUACAUCCAGAGUCCCAGCCACUUUUUGCAUUUACCUACAGAGAGCAGCAAUUUACGUAUUCCCGUCUUCCACAAGGCUACCGUGAUUCCCCGGGAAUCUUCAACGCUAUCCUGAAGAGCCACUUGGAAGAACUAACAUUACCUGAGGGGGUGACGCUACUCCAAUACGUUGAUGAUCUUCUGUUGGCAGCACCCACUGCCGAGUCUUGUUUGCAGGCCACCAAGUCCCUUCUCCUGUUGGUAGCCAAAAAGGGAUACAAGGUAAAGAAAGAGAAAGUGCAGUGCUGUCGGAGAAGUGUCCAGUUCCUGGGAAGAGUGCUGUCCGGGAAGGGACAAGCUGUGUCUGUGGCCCAGAGGACCUCCAUCUUGGAACAUCCCAAACCCACUACUGUACAACACCUUUUGUCAUUUCUUGGCCUUACUGGAUACAGCAGAACACACGUGCCAGAAUACUGUCUUAAAGUGGAACCACUGCGGGCAAUCUUGAGAGAAGCAGGAAACAGAAACCUCACAGCAGUCCUUAAGUGGACUCCAGAGGCAGAGGCAGCUUUAAUCCAACUCAAACAGACGCUGGCACAGGCUGAAGCACUGUCCUUACCCGAUUACACCACGCCAUUCUGUUUGGAUGUUUCUGAGCAGGACGGUUAUGUACAUUCCAUCCUGUAUCAGAAACAAAAGGGGGAGAGAAGAGUGUUACACUACUACAGCGCGAAACUGGACAACAUUGAAACAGGACAAACUGACUGUGCCAGACACAUGGCUGCCAUUGCAAAAGCUAUAGGUAAAACAGCCCACAUUGUGAUGAGACAUCCACUUGAAAUCAAUACAGAUCAUGGGGUGACCGCUUUUAUAGGCUCCAAACUUUUCACACUGUCCAGUAAAAGAAAAUCCAGCAUAACAAAGGCCAUCACUGCAAAGCACAUUACAUAUGUGACAACAGCAACCAAUAUGACCGAUGGUAUGGGUCUUGGAGAACCACAUGUCUGUGAGGAUAGAGCAGCCAAACAGAUCAAAGUCCGAAUGGACCUGCAAAACUCACCCUUGGAGGGGAACAAAAUCACCCUGUUCACUGAUGGAUGCUGCUACAGGUCAAAGGACCCAAAGGAAGGAAACACUGCUGCCUAUGCAGUGGUGAAACAAGACACAGAAGGAGGACAUGAAGUAAUGGAAGCAGAGAAACUUGGUCCAAAUGAAGCUUCAGCACAGCUAGCUGAACUUAGGGCGUUGAGGAGAGCUCUACAACUAAGUGAAGGAAAGAAUGUGGACAUCUACACAGACUCUGCCUAUGCACAUGGGAUUGCACACAUUGAUGGACCACAGUGGAUGAGGAGAGGAUUUGUGACCAGCUCAAAUGAGCCCAUCAAACACAAGGUUGAAGUACAGAAGUUAAUUGAUGCAAUCCAGCUUCCCAAACGAGUGGCAAUAAUGAAGUGCAAAGGUCACAGCAGAGAAAGCACCAGAGUGCGUGAAGGAAAUGAUCGGGCUGAUCAAGCAGCAAAAGAUGCAGGAGGAUACACUGCCCAGCAGAUGGUGCAACGAGCCACUCAAGGACAGGAGGAGUUGACAACAGACACAGUAAGACAGUUGCAAGAAGCAGCAGGCGCCUACGAACAGAACGUAUGGAGCAGACAGGGAGCAAGGCAAGACCAUCAUGGGAUUUGGAGAUCUCACACGGGAAAAACAGUGGGACCUGCAAAACUCCUCAGAUCAAUCUUAAGGGAAGAGCAUGAGAAGGCUCAUGGAGGAUGGAAAAGUGUCACAAAAUCAGUUGAGAAAGCAUGGUGGCAUCCACACAUGUUGGACAUGGCAAGAGAGACAUCAGAGAGCUGUGAAGUGUGCAAACAAUACAACAACAAAGUGUCACUUGGAGCAGUGAUAGGUAGCUUCCCAAUACCUGAUGCACCAUUUCAAGACGUUUGCAUAGACUUCACGGACAUGGGACAGGACAACAGAGUGGAAGGAAAAAGGUACCUGUUGGUAAUGGUGGACAGAUUCACCAGAUGGGUGGAAGCCAUCCCCACAGCAAGAGAAGACGCAAAGGCCGUGAUUAAGUGGUUGAUGCGAGACCUCAUUCCAAGGUUUGGAGUCCCGUGAAUGAUCCGUUCCGACAAUGGUACCCAUUUCAAGAAUGAACACCUGAGAGAGGUAGAACAGGCCCUAGGGAUCACUCACAAGUUCGGGUCAGUGUAUCAUCCCCAAUCGCAGGGACUUGUUGAACGCGCUAACCAGACUCUGAAACGAAAAAUGGCUAAAAUCAUGGCAGGCACCAAACUGAAAUGGGUAGAUGCCCUACCCCUUGCUCUAAUGUCAAUGAGAAAUUCACCUGGGUCUGAUACCCACUUGACUCCACAUGAGCUUAUGACAGGACGCAGAAUGCCAGGGCCACCAGCAGACAAUCUUAGUAUGCCUAGGCUAGAUAUUGCAAAAAUCAGAUACACAGACUACAUGCAGGCGCUAAUUUCUCUUGUUGAAAGAUUGUCUAAACAGGUGGUGGAAGUGCGCACUCCUGCUGUUGAAACCACGGACGAGAACAGAGACAUCCUGGUGGGAGACUGGGUGAGAGUAAAGGUGCAUUCCAGGAAGUGGACGGAGCCAAGGUGGGAGGGACCCUUUCAGGUGAAAGAGGUAUCAAGUCACUCGCUGAGGGUAAACACGAGUAAGAAGGACGUGUGGUACCACAGAACACAUUGUGCCAAAGAUAUAGCUCCAGGAAGAACUCUAGAUCAAGUACAACAGGACUUGGCAGCAGAAGGGGAGGAUGUUAUGGUUAGUAGUGGGGCUGGCCCUAUGGCGAACAGUGACUUCCAGUCAGUAUCAUAAUAUAGUCAUUACCUUACAGGAAGGGGAAUCUCAAGUGAUGUCCCUAGAACCAUGUAAGAUCUGGUCAUGGAGGAAUAGGGCUAGUGGAAUUGGGGACACUGGUUGCAAUUGGAACCAGAAGGGAAACUGUAACAAAAUGUAUCCCCAUGUGUUAAAGAGAGGUACUUAUCUGUGUGAGGGAAAGUGGUGUCCAUAUUGGGACUAUAUGAUCACAAAUGUUGGCACCUUCUGGGAAUGGCGUAGAGGCUAUCCAUAUGCAUUAGGAGAUGCUUCUAAAGCAGCUAGGUUUUCAAUGAUAAGGGGUGUGCAGGGGUCAAAAGGGGGUGCAUGUAAAGGCGAUGAAAUCCUACUAACCAUCCAAGACAUUAAACUUACAGACGCAGGUGUGUACACCUUAGCAGCAGUACGAUCCGGACCAGACACCAUGGGUAUGUUCACCAUCGCGGUCACACCCAAACCUGCAGCUGGGGAGAGACAGACCCAGUUGAACCACAUCACCACUCCAGGACCAGCUCAGCUUCAACCCACUAAGGUACCAAACCCCAUUCAGGUGAUUAAUGUUAGGGAUAUAACGGACAGCGACCAAUUGGGGACAGAAACUGGCUAUGAAGGGAAAGAAAAUAUGUGGUUGGCAUACAUGAGGUAUACGGCUAGGACACUGGUCAGGCAGAAUUGUGUUAUCUGUGGGCAUGCAAGACCUGGGUUGGCAACCCACCCAUUCGCCUUAGGAGAAGGGGAAGGAUGGCAGUGCAUAUUGGAAGAGUUAUACCAUUCACUGCCAAACACCACCCUGUGCAAAGCCCUAAGUUUGAUUUUCCCUGAGGUUCCCCCACAAAAGGCACCUGCGGGAGUUCAGGCUUAUGGAGGUAAUUACAGUUGCAUUACUGGAACAGGUAAGGGUGUUAACUAUGGUAGGCUACCACCAGGGGACUGUGCUGUGAAUGUAACUAUGAACAGCACUUGGCCAGUAGAGGGUAAAACCCAGACAAAGGGGGUGGCUGAUGUGUGGUGGAUCUGUGGGCCAAAUAGAAAACUAACCCCGAUUCUAAAGGGGGACUGGCAGGGCACGUGUGCAUUAGCUAGUUUGAUUGUACCACUGACCAUUAUUGAUGUUUCCUCAGACCAACUUUUGGGGAUCGCCCAGCUAGCCCCAGACAGAGAGAGAAUGAGGCGGGGGAGACGUAGUGCCCCAUGGUCAGCAGGAGAGGAGAUCCACUCUAACCUGUUGGGGGUGCCUGUGGGAGUACCAUUACAGUUCCAGGCACUCAACAGGAAUGAUGGGUUGUGGCAUUUGUUGCCAAUCAUAGGACCUGCUAUAGAUGCUGCUAAACAGCGAUCUUGGAUAAAUGACAUCUAUUAUAACCAACAGCGAUUUGUUAACUACACACGCACUGCCCUGACUGGAAUGUCCGAACAACUAGAGGCCACCUCUAGGGUGGCUAGGCAAAAUAGACUAGCACUUGACAUGUUGCUUGCUAACCAAGGGGGUGUGUGUAAGAUGUUUGGGGAACAAUGCUGUACGUUUAUUCCUAACAAUACUAGCCCUGACGGGAGCAUCACAAAGGCCCUUGUUGGCCUGGAUAAGUUGUCAGCAGAAAUGAAGAGCAUGGCUGGAGUGGAGAGUGGUGGGCUGUUCUCCUGGUUAAGUGACUGGUUCGGUAAGUAUUCUUCUAUGGUGGUUACUGGAUUUCUGACCCUAGUGAUUGUGUUUUUGCUGUUAAUGUGUUGUGCUGCUUGCAUCAUCCCCUGUCUCAGGAAGUCAGUGGUAGGAGUGGUGCAGGCAUCAGGUAUGAUGCCGUUGUUACGGGCCCAGGAUGAUGCGGAUGACUCUGCUACUGACUCUGAGACCAAGCUGGAUGAUCCAUGGUUUGCCUAAAAAAAAAAAAACGCAUUUAUUUUCAGUUCUUGCUCAUUUAUUACCUUAUGUUUUUACUAACCACUGUGAUUGUUUAUUCCUCCUGAUGUGAAGGUAAAUGAUUCCUGGGUGGCUGGUAGCCAACUCAGUACAUGUUAGGUGUAGGGGAGAAAUAGAGGGUUAAAAUUAUUAUUUUUAUUUUAUUAACAUUUUUUGAUGUGAUUUAAUUUCCAUAUCCUGUUAUUCUCAGGGUUGUUUAUAUUCUGUUCAAACUGUUAUUUGGAGUGACACCAUAAAUGGUGUCAACAGAGGGAAUCCUAAAUUUUCCCUUUAACAUUUUUUGAAUCACACCCUAGAGGGUGUCUAAAGGGGGUCAAAAUGUACUUCCCCGUUUGAGUUGAGUUGAGUUGAGUUUGAGUUUAUUUUUACAGGGACAGUGCACAUUAAUCAACAUUUCAGUAAAAGUGCCGGUUUUAGCCAGCCGGCUAAUUUUCAACCGCAGUCCCUGGGCAGGUUAUUAAAAACAAUUACAAUAUAGACAAUAACAACAUAGAACAAGACAUAGCAUACAGACAUAGCAACAUAGGACAAACAAGACGUAGCAUACAGACCGAGCAACAUAGAACAAAAAGCAGCAAGACAAAAUUCAUAAAAGCAACAAAGUGUUUCCACACCUCACAAGUUACAGACAACAGACAUGGAAAGCGGCAACACACAGCUAGGGACCAUGUUCACAAAUCUGAUUGACCUUUAGCCAUGUCUUCAAGCAUUUUGUGAAAGUGUGAUAUGUGGUGCAGUUAUGUGUGUCUGAUGGCAGUGUAUUCCAGACAUGGGAAGCUCUCACAGAAAAAGCGGAUUUACUAAAGGUGCUUUUCCUUAGGGGAACUACACAGUCACCUCUCAUGGCAGACCUUGUGGAUCUGCUGCCAUAUGUUUGGGUUUUCUGUUUAACAAAAAUACUGAGUGGAGGGGGAGCCAAGCCAUUUAGGAUCUUGAAUACAAGACAUGCAUCGGUGUAUUGCACAAGAUUUUCCCAACUCAGGAGCUCAUGCUUUCUAAGGAUGUGACAGUGAUGAUGGCUAUUGGGCUUCCUAUCAAGCACUUUGAGAGCCUGUUUGUAGACAGACUGAAUAGGUCUUACUGUUGUACAGCAAGCUUGGGCCCAACUAGUCAAGCAGUAUGUUAAGUGGGGGAGUAUCAUAGAUUUGAAGUACAGUUUUGCUACCUCUGUAGUCAAACAAUUUCGUAUAAAUCGGAAAUUAGCUAGGUUGAAUUUGGUUAUUUGAAUUACCUUUUUCACAUGCUUUUUAAAAGAGAGGUUGGAAUCAAGUAUGAUGCCAAGGUACUUAAAAUCAGAUACCCCCUGGAGCUUCUCCCCUGACACAUAGACUUCUGGCUCAGUAGCAUCUGUUGCCCCCUUUGUGAAGAACAUGCAAACAGUUUUUUUCACAUUGAGAUGCAAACACGAGUCACUGAGCCACUUUGUAACCUGGACCAUUACAGUAGUGAGUUCUUGUGCAGCUUGUUGUUUGCUCUUUGCAUGCACAUAUAUCACUGUAUCAUCUGCAUACAUUUGAACUUCAGACCCAGUACAGACAGAAGGCAGAUCAUUAAUGUACAGGCUGAACAGGAGGGGCCCCAGUAUUGACCCUUGGGGCACACCCACAUCAUAGCUAAGAGUGGGCGACAGCUCAUUGCUCACUCUGACACACUGAGUUCUGCCUUCAAGGUAAGAUUUCAUCCAUCUCAAGGCAUCGGGGGAAAAGUUGAACUUGGACAAUUUUGUGAUGAGAAUCUCAUGGUUAACAGUAUCAAAAGCCUUCCUUAGGUCCAGAAACACAGCCCCAACAACGCCCCCUUUGUCCAUCUUGGACUUCACAUUUUCCAGAAAAAAGCAGUUGGCCAUUUCUGUAGAGUGUUUCGCUCUGAAGCCAAACUGCAUGGAAUGUAAUGUGAAGGGGCUGUUGUUGAGGUGGGCAAUCAGUUGUUCUGCUACACACUUUUCAACAAUCUUUGACACCACAGGUAGUAUACUAAUGGGCCUGUAGUUACUCACAUCAGCAGGGUCGCCUGAUUUAAAGAUGGCCGUUAUUAUGGCCGACUUCCAUACCCUUGGAAACACCCCGAGACCAAUAGAUGUGUUGGUGACCUUAGUAAUGGGGCCAAUGAGUGACUCUUUGUAGUUUUUAAGAAAGGUAGAGUCCAUCCCAAACACAUAUUUGGCUUUAGAGUUCUUUAGUGAGCUAAUCACCUUGUCUACCUUUGACUCAGAAACCUCCCUUAUGAUGAAGACAGGUUGAGCAUCAUUUACUAGCACUGAGCCCAAGAAACCAGUGGAGGGGUUCUGUGUCAGUACCCUGACAGAGUCAAUAAAGUAGGAAUUGAAGACUAUUGCUAUUUCGACUGCAUCCUGUGUUAGAUUGUUAUUCACCAUGAUUUCUAGUCUUUUUGCAGUGUUACUAUGGUCUUUCCCUGUUAACUUUUUUAGAUUCUCCCAGAUCAGUUUAGAAUUUCCCUUUGCUUCACCAAUUAUGUUAAUAAAAAAGUUUGCCUUGGCCUGUCUGAUUUCUUUCAUCACCUUAUUUCUCAACAUGGUAAACCUACGUCUGUCAUGCUCUAAUUUGGAUCUUAGGGCUAUUUUUAGAUAAUAAUCUUGUUCUUUCAUCAAUUUCCAGAUUUCUCCAUUUAGCCAAGGAAGAGUGCUCUUUUGGCCAGGUUUGGAUUUGAUUUUCUUUAGGAAACCAUUUAAUGUAGUCUGGAUUGUGGAUAGAAAAACUUGACUAUCAGCUUCCACGUCUGCAUAGGACAAGAGAUCAUUCCAGUUAAUUCCCUUAAUUGCAUUUUCAAAAUAGCUUAAUUCACUCUUAGGUAUUCUUAGUUGAUCAGGCUUUCUAACAGUAGAGAGGUUAAACCUGCUCUUAGACAGCUUUCUGGCUAUAAGUGUCAGAUUAUGAUCAGAUAGCCCAGUAACCAUAUUGAAUGAUUUAGUCACUCUCUCUGGUUUAUUACUGAACACCAAAUCAAUCUGUGUUUUAGAGCAACAAGUCACCCUGGUUGGCCCUUUAACUAGCUGUGUAAGGUCAAAGGUAUUAGUGAUCCGUUUGAGGGUUUUCCUACAACACUUGUCUUCAUAAUUAAUGUUAAAAUCUCCCAUUAAGAUGACCUCUUUCCCAAAAUCACAUUCCCUAAGCAUGUUAUUAAACUGAUCAAAAAACACACUUUUGGUGGAAGGUGGCCUAUACAUUCCAAUGAGGGUAAAAUACAUUUGGGGAGACAGUGUAAUGUUCAGGCCAAUACAUUCUAGUUCAUUAUCACAUGACCACUCAAUUUGUUUACAUCGGAUAUGUUCUUUAAUAUAAAUCAUCACACCCCCUCCUCUUCCUUCAGUCCUGUCUCUCCUGAAAACAUUGUAGCCAGGCACAAUCAAAGCAGCAGAUGGAGAGUUUCUAUGGAGCCAUGUCUCUGAGAGGCAGAGAAAGUCAAGGUUGGAGUCUGUGAGUAGAUGUUGAAUUUGAUCACUUUUUGGAAUGACACUACGAAUGUUCAAGUGCCCCCCUAGUAGUCCCUUGGGCUUAGCUCGUGGGUCCCAGAUGACUCGAGAGUGAUUGACACAUUGAAAAAAAAAAAAAAAUCUGUGUUUUCUGACGGCUGGGUUUAGGCCGUUUUGUUUCGUUUUGAUUAGGGGCAGUUCGGUAGCGCAAUUAACAAUCCCUCCCGCCUGCACUGGAUGCGGGAAACUAAUUAAAACAGCUUGCAUACCAGAAGCAGAGUCAGGGAUCGCAUAUAGCGACUUUGGUAUGUUUGAAGAGUCUAAAUCCAUCCUGGAGCCGGGUGAGUCGAGAGAAACCACAGGACCAUAGCACUCACCCACCUCCACAGCGGCGACGAUCAGUGGACGAGGCCAUCCACCGCCCUCCACUCCGGUGCGUAUCGCUGGCUCGGUGAUGUUGGGCCCAGGAUUGAGUUGCACAUCCCCGGAGAGCAGGAGGGUAGUGAACAGGUAGUUUAACAGUUUCCGAUAAAUGUUGGACUUGUGUUUGUUGCGCCUAAGCGGUUCAGUAGAAUAAGGAGCGAGGUAGACUUGGCCAUUAUUCAGAACAUUAUGGUAUGCUGUGUACUGUCCGCUCCCGUGGAACGGUGAACCAAUGUGUUUGUGUUUGGUGUUAAUAUUCUCCGGUAGUAGACUGAUUGUGUCAUCCCAGCAAGGACGCACUGAGAUUAUCAGUAGAGCAGCUACAUAACUGACAAUCAUGGCAGAAUACUGGAGAUAAAACACAUAAUUGCGCUUUAACUCUUUGCAUGAGUUACUUAGCUGGGGUCGGCGUACACCUGAUGGUUUAGAUAAAAUUACAGCAUUCGAAUGAGAAGCGGCACCUGCCACACCACCCUGUCUUCCGUCCGCCAUUAACUGUGCUGUUUGGCUUUGAGGGCUAGUUUCACAGCCCCCAAAGUUUGUGUUUUAUGUUUUAAUAUUCUUGUGUUUUGUGUUCUAUUAAUCCUGUGUUUUAUGACUUAUUAUUCAACUUAACCAUUUUGUUUGUAUUGCAUUUUAAUGAAUGACACCCUGUGUUUUUCUUAUUUUGGGUUCACACCCAGUGGGUGUGAAAAGGGGGAUUGUGGGGAUCUAUUUUCUCAUAACUGAUGGGAUGACUAACUUAGAAAGAAUGCAUUAAUGAUUAAAGCAUAAAAGGUCUGUACUGUACUGAUAUAAAUUGUUUCACCUAACAAGCUGUGAUUAAUGUGAGGAGCUGUUUUAGGGAGUAGGGGAAGAUAAGAACUUGUGUCUCCAAAUACUAGACUACACUGCUUCUUUGUGAUCUGUGAACCGUCCUUGAACGUAGGUACUUAGGGUACAGUGGAACGGUGUCUAUGGGAGCUGGCUCUACAGGUUGUUAUGAUAACAAUUUAUGCCUGGCAACAGUGGAGCGCCAAGGAACUGGGACCAGCCGGUGCGCCAACGGAUUGGGCCACUCGAGUUGUUGAGGCUGACAACCUCUCUUCCCUAGCAGUGGUAGCAAACUCAAACAUUGAAAAACAACCUAACUUGUUAACAAAACAAUGUAAAUAUCCAAGAAACACCGAGAAUAAAGUCUCAACUUCAUACCAGCAAGGGACCCCCAAGGGGAAGGUAAACAGGGGUUUGGGUAAAAAACCCCGGAGAAUAUUGGGUGUUUUUUAACAAAUUGGUUUAACCUUGGCGGGUACAAGCGGGGUCGGGCCAAAUAUGGAGAAAAAAACACUUAAUUUGCGGCAACCCCCAAACCCCCUGUUUGGUCCCCCGGAACCCCGGUGGUUUGGUUUGGGGGCAGUUUCAAGAAAGGGAUGCCACCAAAUUUUUUCCCGGUUUUGCCGAAUAACCUGGUGUUGGCUUUAUAUUGAAAAACCCCAAAAUUUGUUUUUUUUGUUUUAAUAAAUUCGGGGGUUUUUUUCGGGUUAACCGGGGGUUUUUAAAAUUUUAAAAAAUUUAACCAUUUUUGGUGAGGUUGCAAUUUAAAAAUGAAAGGGCACCCGGUUUUUCUUAUUUUGGGGGUUUCACCCCCCUGGGGUUUGUGAAAAAAGGGGGAGUGGGGGAUCUUUUGUUCUCCCAAACUGAUAAUGCUUUUUUUUAAAGGAAGGCCUUUUGGAAAAAAAAGGGCCAAGUAAAGGUUUUUUCCCCCUUGGCUUUAAAAGGGUUUUCACCUUUUUGGGCGGGUUUGAUUAAUUAAGACCUUUUUUUGGGAAGGGGGAAGGGUUUGGAACCCCCUUGGGCCCAAUUUUUGGGGGCCCCGCCUUUUGGGGCUUGCCACCUUUCUUCCCGGGUCCGGGAAAGGGCCCGGGGAACGGCUCACAUUUUAUUAAAAAAAUUUAACCCUCAAAUUUUACCCCACCACCAGCCCCCAACAAAAAUCCAAAAAUUCCUUUUUGGGGCCCCCCAAACCCCCCCUUUCCCCCGGGACAAACCCCCAAAAAAAAAAACCCCCCGAAUGGUUAAAAAACCUUGAACCCCCAAAAACCCCCAAAAAGCUAUUUAUGGCCCCCAAACCCAAUCCCCCCCCAUAAAACUCCCUUAAAAAAACAAAAUUUUUCAGCAUCACUCCCAGCGGGGCGAUGGGACCCCCAUACCAGCAACCCUCCGGUUGCCAGCUCACUUCCCGCCUGAUUUUACCCAUCAGACCAUUUCUACGCCUGACCAUGGCUACCUCUGGAGAGUAUGUGGACAUGAACCAUCAAGCAUUUCAGGAGAAAACAGGAUUGGUGCCGAUUAGUGUCAGGACUGGCCUCGACAAUUUUCUUUUAGUAAAUUAUUUUACAAUGAAAAAUGUAAAAAAAUAAUGACUACAAAAUUCACAAGAUGAGCAGGGUAAUCAGAAUAGAAAAAGUUCCAACAUUUUGACUUAACCAAGACCUAAACAAAAAUUUAGUCACAGCGAGCUGCGGUGAACAAUGACAGGAUUUGGGAAUAACAUUGCCUUGAUAAAAUUCUCCUCCCUGUUCACCUUGGAAUUAAGGACCAUCCUUGUCAUCCAGGCCAAUUUGGACAAAAAUUUAAACAAAUUAAACCAUGCAUCACUAGUGCUAACUUAUCGUUAGUAUCCCACUCAGUCUUUGGCGGGCUGUCUUCUCUGGGUGGGCUGUUACCGCUUCCAUCUUCUUCUUCUUCUUCUUCAUCAUCAUCUUCAGGGGUCACCAGCUUAAUCAGGCUGUGGUUGCAGGCGCUUGCAGCCUCUUUGGUGCCUGUACAGGAUCAGUGAAGGAUACAAACCUCCAGAAACACAGAACUCUUGCGCCAUCUGUUGGCCAGAUUUUACAUAAGCGAGCACUUGCUCUUGUGAAAUUCUUAUCUUAUAGUACAUUUUCCCAUCUUAUAGUACAGUUACAGUGGGGGAAAAAAGUAUUUAGUCAGCCACCAAUUGUGCAAGUUCUCCCACUUAAAAAGAUGAGAGAGGCCUGUAAUUUUCAUCAUAGGUACACGUCAACUAUGACAGACAAAAUUAGAUUUUAUUUUCCAGAAAAUCACAUCGUAGGAUUUUUAAUGAAUUUAUUUGCAAAUUAUGGUGGAAAAUAAGUAUUUGGUCAAUAACAAAAGUUUCUCAAUACUUUGUUAUAUACCCUUUGUUGGCAAUGACACAGGUCAAACGUUUUCUGUAAGUCUUCACAAGGUUUUCACACACUGUUGCUGGUAUUUUGGCCCAUUCCUCCAUGCAGAUCUCCUCUAGAGCAGUGAUGUUUUGGGGCUGUCGCUGGGCAACACAGACUUUCAACUCCCUCCAAAGAUUUUCUAUGGGGUUGAGAUCUGGAGACUGGCUAGGCCACUCCAGGACCUUGAAAUGCUUCUUACGAAGCCACUCCUUCGUUGCCCGGGCGGUGUGUUUGGGAUCAUUGUCAUGCUGAAAGACCCAGCCACGUUUCAUCUUCAAUGCCCUUGCUGAUGGAAGGAGGUUUUCACUCAAAAUCUCACUAUACAUGGCCCCAUUCAUUCUUUCCUUUACACGGAUCAGUCAUCCUGGUCCCUUUGCAGAAAAACAGCCCCAAAGCAUGAUGUUUCCACCCCCAUGCUUCACAGUAGGUAUGGUGUUCUUUGGAUGCAACUCAGCAUUCUUUGUCCUCCAAACACGACGAGUUGAGUUUUUACCAAAAAGUUAUAUUUUGGUUUCAUCUGACCAUAUGACAUUCUCCCAAUCCUCUUCUGGAUCAUCCAAAUGCACUCUAGCAAACUUCAGACAGGCCUGGACAUGUACUGGCUUAAGCAGGGGGACACGUCUGGCACUGCAGGAUUUGAGUCCCUGGCGGCGUAGUGUGUUACUGAUGGUAGGCUUUGUUACUUUGGUCCCAUCUCUCUGCAGGUCAUUCACUAGGUCCCCCCGUGUGGUUCUGGGAUUUUUGCUCACCGUUCUUGUGAUCAUUUUGACCCCACGGGGUGAGAUCUUGCGUGGAGCCCCAGAUCGAGGGAGAUUAUCAGUGGUCUUGUAUGUCUUCCAUUUCCUAAUAAUUGCUCCCACAGUUGAUUUCUUCAAACCAAGCUGCUUACCUAUUGCAGAUUCAGUCUUCCCAGCCUGGUGCAGGUCUACAAUUUUGUUUCUGGUGUCCUUUGACAGCUCUUUGGUCUUGGCCAUAGUGGAGUUUGGAGUGUGACUGUUUGAGGUUGUGGACAGGUGUCUUUUAUACUGAUAACAAGUUCAAACAGGUGCAAUUAAUACAGGUAACGAGUGGAGGACAGAGGAGCCUCUUAAAGAAGAAGUUACAGGUCUGUGAGAGCCAGAAAUCUUGCUUGUUUGUAGGUGACCAAAUACUUAUUUUCUACCAUAAUUUGCAAAUAAAUUCAUUAAAGAUCCUACAAUGUAAUUUUCUGGAUUUUUUUCCUCAAUUUGUCUGUCAUAGUUGACGUGUACCUAUGAUGAAAAUUACAGGCCUCUCUCAUCUUUUUAAGUGGGAGAACUUGCACAAUUGGUGGCUGACUAAAUACUUUUUUUCCCCCACUGUAUAAAACGGGUGGUUCGAGCCCUGAAUGCUGAUUGGCUGACAGCCGCAGUAUAUCAGACCGUAUACCACAGGUAUGACAAAACAUUUAUUUUUACUGCUCUAAUUACGUUGGUAACCAGCUUAUAAUAGCAAUAAGGCAGCUCUGGGGUUUGUGGUAUAUGGCCAAUCCUUUGCGUUGCGUCGUGCAUAAGAACAGCCCUUAGCAGUGGUAUAUUGGCCAUAUACCAUAACCCCCUCGGGCCAUAUUGGUUAAAUAUACAACCAUUUCCAAGUAUCUGUGUUAUAGGCCUAAUAGUUACAGUUAUAUGCUAGUAGAUACAGUUGAAGUCGGACGUUUACAUACACCUUAGCCAAAUACAUUUAAACUCAAUUUUUCACAAUUCCUGACAUUUAAUCCUAGUAUGAAUUCCCUGUCUUAGGUCAGUUAGGAUCACCACUUUAUUUUAAGAAUGUGAAAUGUCAGAAUAAUAGUAGAGAGAAUGAUUUAUUUCAGCUUUUAUUUCUUUCAUCACAUUCCCAGUGGGUCAGAAGUUUACAUACACUCAAUUAGUAUUUGGUAGCAUUGCCUUUAAAUUGUUUAACUUGGGUCAAACAUUUCGGGUAGCCUUCCACAAGCUUCCCACAAUAAGUUGUGUGAAUCUUGGCCCAUUCCUCCUGACAGAGCUGGUGUAACUGAGUCAGGUUUGUAGGCCUCCUUGCUCGCACACGCUUUUUCAGUUCUGCCCACAAAUUUUCUAUAGGAUUGAGGUCAGGGCUUUGUGAUGGCCACUCCAAUACCUUGACUUUGUUGUCCUUAAGCCAUUUUGCCACAACUUUGGAAGUAUUGUUGGGGUCGUUGUCCAUUUGGAAGAUCCAUUUGUGACCAAGCUUUAACUUCCUGACUGGUGUCUUGAGAUGUUGCUUCAAUAUAUCCACAUAAUUUUCCUUCCUCAUGAUGCCAUCUAUUUUGUGAAGUGCACCAGUCCCUCCUGCAGCAAAGCACCCCCACAGCAUAAUGCUGUAACCCCUGUGCUUCACGGCUGAGAUGGUGUUCUUCGGCUUGCAAGCAUUCCCCUUUUUCCUCCAAACAUAACACAAUGGUCAUUAUGGCCAAACAGUUAUAUUUUUGUUUAAUCAGACCAGAGGACAUUUCUCCAAAUAGUACGAUCUUUGUCCCCAUGUGCAGUUGCAAACCAUAGUCUGACUUUUUUAUGGUGGUUUUGGAGCAGUGGCUUCUUCUUUGCUGAGCAGCCUUUCAGUUUAUGUCAAUAUAGGACUUGUUUUACUGUGGAUAUAGAUACUUUUGUACCUGUUUCCUCCAACAUCUUCACAAGGUCCUUGCUGUUGUUCUGGGAUUGAUUUGCACUUUUUGCACCAAAGUAUGUUCAUCUCUAGGAGACAGAACACGUCUCCUUCCUGAGCGGUAUGACGGCUGCGUGGUCCAAUGGUGUUUAUACUUGCGUACUAUUGUUUGUACAGAUGAACGUGGUACCUUCAGGUGUUUGUAAAUUGCUCCCAAGGAGGAACCAGACUUGUGGAGGUCUACAUUUGUUUUUCUGAGGUCUUGGCUGAUUUCUUUUGAUUUUCCCAUGAUGUCAAGCAAAGAGGUACUGCGUUUGAAGGUAGGCCUUGAAAUACAUCCACAGGUACACCUCCAAUUGACUCAAAUGAUGUCAAUUAGCCUAUCAGAAGCUUCUAAAGCCAUGACAUCAUUUUCUGGAUUUUUUCAAGCUGUUUAAAGGCACAGUCAACUUAGUGUAUGUAAACUUCUGACCCACUGGAAUUGUGAUUCAGUGAAUUAUAAGUGAAAUAAUCUGUCUGUAAACAAUUGUUUGAAAAAUUACUUGUAUCAUGCACAAAGUAGAUGUCCUAACAGACUUGCCAAAACGAUAGUUUGUUAACAAGAAAUUUGUGGAGUGGUUGAAAAAGCAGUUUUAAUGACUCCAACCUAAGUGUAUGUAAACUUCCGACUUCAACUGUAUAUCCCACCAGACAUCAUAAUGCUCCCACACUAUGCUUAGUGGAUACUUUUUUUGCAGUCAUCUUAGGACAGGCAGGGCAGCGGUCAGGAUGCAAGAGGAGUAGGGCAGGACCGCCCUCCUAUGAACUGACGGGCAUACUAGUUAUUGGAGUAGAUUCUCUCACGCAGCAGGGGGACAAACGCCAUCAGGUCAAACUUGUUACUCUCAGUCAAAAUGUCCUGUGAAGGCAGAGAAGUGUCAUCAUUUUAGUUACUGGCCGAAGUCCAAUCUAAGCCGACAUUAAACUUACAGGAAAUGUCUUGACAUGGUUUGUACUGUAAUCUCACCUUCAACAGUCUGGGGUCAGGAUCUGCAGCAAGCUGGAGGAGAGAGCACACAAUAUCAGAGGUAUCCUAAAUAAAAGUAUUAUCUGAGCACUUUCUAUGUCCACAGGCAAGCAAUAUUGUGGUGUCAGUGUAUUCAUUGUUUAGCUUUCGGUCAUUGAACUUCCUAAAACAUGACCAGUGCAUUAAAAUAGAUUGUGAGUAACCAUUGUGUUUAACCAUUGUGUUUAACAUGUAUGAUUGGCUCUGGACAGGUUAGUCCUGUGAUUGGUGACAGGCUGCACACUCGGGUUACCUUGCUCAGUCCAUGGAAGAGCACGUUGAAGUGUGGUAGCACUGCUCCCGUGGCCACUUUCACUAUGUUGUAGAGCGCCUCACAGGCAUAGUACUGCAGUCUGCUGUCUGAGUCAUUAAAGCAGGUGAGUACGGGCUCGAUAAGCUCCUUCAGGUACAGGCCAGAGUCCUGCAAAACACACAUACAUGAACACACUCACUUGAACACACACACGAACACACCAAGGAUGCAAGCACAACUUAUAAAAUAAUUUUAAAGGCAGUCUUCUAAAAACAUUUACUUCCAGUAGACUCAAUGAUUACAAACUUCAAACAACCCAGUGUAAUGUGCUCUAAUGUGUUACAGAACUAUUACAGACUGUAUGGAAUAUUGAUGCCCAGAUCCCUUUACCUUGCCCAGGGCGAUGGAAGAUGCUGCCAGGCCGAUGAGGCCUCCUUUGUGGCUGUGAGGGUGCUGGGACAGGGCAAACUCUGA